CGGGCCUGAAAAACAAAACAAAACUCAAAUUGUUUCAUGCCUUCUGUGGUUUUCAGCUGCUAAAAUUUUUCUUGAUGAGAAACCCUUGUAAAAUUGUGACUUGAGGAAGAAGUUAGUACAUAAAUUCAUCGACCGGGCAGCCCAAAUCACAAUGCGAUUGGGUUGCCGAGUUGGGUACUGUGCGAAGGUAUAAUGUCGGCCUCGACCAGCAGGAAACGCAAAAACCAGCCGGUGGAGAAGCCUAGCGGGCCCCGACCUAGUGUCUUUGAUCGUUUAGGUACAAAAGCCAAUCCACAACAACCAGAACCGAGAGCAAAUUUCUGCCAUCAUUGGAGAAAUACAGGCAACUGCCCAUUUGGUGCAUCCUGCAAAAAUGCCGCCUUCCACGCAUUGAUAAGCCCAUCAAAACGUGCCAAGGGUAGUGAUAAGGAUCAACACAACAAAGAAGUCGCAAACCGAAAGGAAGUAGGUGGUCGAAACAAAAAAGGGAAAGGCAAGGGUGAUAAUUGGGCUGAACUUGACGAAGGUGAACUAGAGCGCCGAAGAGUUCAGUUGCAAAAAGAGCUCGACCUGCAGAAUAGGCAGGAAAUGAACAAGAAGAAACCCGUCAAAAAGCAGAAAAGAUCAAGUUCAUCUAGCAGUACCACUUCUACUCGCUCUUCGUCAAACACGAGCAAAAACUCUUCAGUUAAAAGCUCCCAGCCCUUGAAGCGCAGACCACGUAAUCGCAAGAGGAAAGGGAAGAAAUUGGGGAUAACGAAACAACUCAAGGAAGCUGAAACAAAAAGGAUGAGGGACAAUCCAAAAGAUGUGAAGAAACGGUCCAGUUCAUCUGGUCGGCAAGAGCAGAGGUCCAGGUCAAAACUCGGGACCGGAUCUAGUUCAGGCCCGAGAAAGAGGAAGAAUUCCUCAUCUUCUGAUAAUACUAGUGCUGAAAGGAAGAGGCAACAGAGCAAAUCCACUUCCCAUCAAAGCAAACCAAAAGGCAGAAGCCCUUCUCCAGACAAAAAGAAGAAACAACCUCCUUUGUCGUACGACAAAAAACUUUCUCCUAGAAGGAGAGAUCAACCAGAUGGCCGCAGAAGUUCACCUUCAAGAAGCAACGUCAGGAAGCGUUCUGCGAGUCCGUUGGCUGCUAGGCCUAGGAGGAGAACUCCAAGCCCAAGAGGAAAAAGUAGCAAAAAACAUGAUUCGCCACCUUUAAACAGACAUCUCCCGUCUCCUGAACGGAAGGAGAGCAGACGAGGCCAGACGCCUCCAUCUCCACACGAUCGACACCAAAGAGUUGGACGUGGCUCAAGACGUAACAGCCCUGAAUCUCACAGAAGCCAGCAAAAUCGGGAUUCUCGAAAUCGUCCUCAGGGGCGCAGUCCUGAACGAAGACCACGAGCACCUUCAAGAGAGCCACGUGAGUUGAAUGAAAAGAGGGACUAUCAACGUCAGGACUACAACAGUCCCGUUCCAGCUCGAGGUCAUGGUAGAAAUUCGCCUGAAAACUCAGGUCGAGACAGACGUGAUGAGCCUUCUAGGGACAAAAAUCGGCCCAAGGAUAACGAUCGAGACAAAAGACGAGACGACAAGUCUCGAGAUAGGGGACGAGGUCGAGAGGAGGAAUUGCCUUCAUUAAUGACAAUCAUGACGCAGCAUCCGCCACAGUAUUCCCCUCGAAGAGGCAGGGAAGAGCCUCAUGAGCACCGAAGUUCUACUAGAGAAAGGGGAAGAUAUGACCGAUAUGAUGACAGGGGAGAGCCACCUGCCCACUCGGAUGAUCAUCAACGCAGUUCAAAGCGACCUCCUCGAAGGGAGAGUCCUUCUAGGCAGAGAGCACAGAAGAGCGGACGAGAUCAUGAUCACCCUGAGCAGCGUGACAAAGAUUGGGAUAGAAGGGUCAAGGGUGGUAGUUCAAGUCAUCGAGACUGGGAUGAACAAAAGCAGGGCCGAAUUAGUAAAGGGCACAGACGAGGCCAUAGCUCUCCGAGUGCAAUCAGCCCCAGAGGAAAAGAUCAAGAGAAUGACAAAAAGGACACAGUGACCGACACCAAACUUGAUGAAUUGGAUGAUGAUAAGAAUAAACAGGAUAAUCAGCUUAUUGACGAGGACACUGUAGAGCCACCCAGUAAGCGCGUCUGUCACGAGGGAGAUGUUCAGGACUCUGGAGGUGCUUUUGAACGUGCUGAAUCUGAUUUCAGUGACUUCAGCGACGAUGCUGAUGACAUUUUAAAUGCUGAUGUGGUUGAGGAUGAGACAGUUGACCAAAUGGAAACCGAGGAAAAAAUCGAUGGUGUUCUUGGAGCUGAUGCUGGAAAAGAGGAAGAUGAGCCAGUUGAAGAUAUCUUAGAUGACAUGGACUUUGAGGAAAUAUCUGAUGGUGAGCUUGACGCAGAAGACAUCAAAGCUGGUGCUGAUGCAUUGAGUGUUGACUGGGCUGCUUUGUUGAAUCAAACUCGUGAUGUGAAACGUGAAGAAUCGGAGUCGAUCAUAAAUAGGUGGGAUGUAUCUAAUGCUUUGGCAAGGAUUGGCGUUCCUCAAUCAUUGAAGGGAUCUUUUGACUUAAAGAAGCUAGGAUUAGAGCCACCGACUAAGAGAAGUGAGACAAAAAUUGAGGACAACAAGGUCAGGAUGGCGUUCUUGUUUGAUAAAGAAAACAAGCUGCAGGAUGAAGUACCAGGUGUCCAUGCUGCCAUCAUCAUGAAGAAGGAGGAGAUUGCUAAUAUUUUAAAUCCAAAGCAUCAUAGAGGCAUUGAUUUUGCUUACGGUGAACAGCUGAGGAAAAUUUGUCCCUUCAAGAUAGAAAAAUCAACUGGUAUUGGAGACGAAGAGGGUACUUCUAAAAUAUCUGCAAACUUAAAGCAGCUUGCCCACGAUUUGCUGAGGGGAACAUGCGAUUUAAAGGAAGUUCACAGCAGAUUAAACGAAGAUGCUGAAACUAUGAAGGUUGAAGCUUAAUGUAGAGCUGAAGUGGCAUAUCAAAUAAAUGAAAUGCAACUA